UCCAUCUGUAAUCAGAAAUCGAGCGGGUGGUCUUUCGAUUUCCCCACCCGACACAAAGAGAACCAAAACCCUAAGAACCCCACCAACAGAGGAGCCGGAGGUUGUAGAAUCUCUCCGUUUUCGAAUUGAAUUAGGGUUUCGACGGCGUGAAAAGUGUAUAUAUUGAUUGAUUCCUUGUUUUUUUUUUUCAUCUUCUGUCAUUGCGAAGAGGCGGAGAUGGAAAACGCCGAUCGGACAUUCAAUGGUGAUUUCAGUGAGGAAGGAGUCGCGAAGUUGAAAGAGAGAGUGAAGGUUAAAUUGAAAGAGUACAUGGGAGAUUACACUGAUGACAUUCUAGUGGAGUAUGUGAUAGUCUUGCUUAAGAACGGGAGAAGGAAAGAGGAAGCAAUGAACGAAUUGAAGAUAUUUCUUGCAGAUGAUAGUGAUUCUUUUGUAGCCUGGUUGUGGGAUCAUCUGGGUGAAAGUAUGGAAGAAUACUUUAGUAGUUCCCAUGUUGACCAGCAAACUACUAUAAGCCAUCAGGAUGAGGUUAAAUCACUAGUGGAAAUGGAUUCUGAAGCUGAGAAAGGAAGGUCUGGUACUCGCCGCGGCAAAGGAUGGAGAAGCCAGCUAACUAAUGGACCUGAUGUUCCUCCUCUUCUGAGUUCUGAGGUUCACAAAAUUCGUAACUACGAGAAGAGAGAUCACAGAGGAAGGCAUGGUAAAAGGUCUCCGUCUCCGGAGUCUCAGUCCCGUAGAAAAAGGAGUAAAACUGACAGCUCACGGAGUGAACAGAGGGAGGAUAAACCUGUUGUUUCUAGCCGGCUGCUUCAGUUUGCUGUGCGAGAUGCUCUGGCUAUUUCAAAGCCGGCUGAACCCUCGCUAAAACGUCUCCGCUCAGUUGUUUCCGCAUCGACUCAAGACUCAUCUGACCCCAACCCAGCUCAGAAAAUUCGAUCUUCUGCGAGGGUUGUGAAUCCCAUGGCUACUGUUACCAAAGCUGUUGCUGAAGCAGCUGAAGAUUCCAAAAACGCAAAAUCUGGGAGAAGUGUCUUUGACAGAAUUAGUCAUUCCGCUGGUUUUUCUGAGGCUUUGGACAAAGAUAUGGUACUCGGUGAAGUUUCCCCUAAGAAUGAAGAACGUAGGGGUUUUAGCGAAGAUCAGGAACCGGUACAGCAUCAAUACAAGCAGCGUCAUGACAACAAUGGAGUCUAUUUGGAGAACAUGGCCGCUUUUGACACUCGCUCGCAGCCAAACUUUUCAUCUGAUCGAAGCAGACUCGGUUCAAAUGCUAAUGUGUCUCACCCAAAUUCUUUUGUUGGGAAUAGAAUUAACAAUCCGAGAAGUCUGCAGGAUCGUUUAGUCGAUGACCCCAGAAGAGUUAAAGGGACGAGUUAUCCAAAUCACCUUACUGAAGUUGCAACCAAGCAGAAAGCUGCAGGUUUCUCUGGCAAUGCAGGGAAAACAGUGAAGUUAGAGGAGCAGAUGAAAGUGCCAGAUGUGGGUCUGCAAAGAUAUAUGGACAGAGGCAGAGUAAGGCCUGCUGCCAAUGCGAGAGAAGACACAGCGACGAAGAAAUCUGUUCCAGGGACAUUAUCCACUACCCGCCCUUUGGAAGAUGCUAGUUCUCGAACAAUCUUUGUUGCCAAUGUUCACUUUGGUGCCACCAAGGAUAGCCUUUCAAGGCAUUUUAACAAGUGUGGUGAAGUGCUUAAAGCUGUCAUAGUUACAGAUCCGGCGACAGGGCAACCAAGUGGAUCAGCAUAUAUUGAGUUCACGCGAAAAGAAGCUGCAGAUAAUGCAUUGUCUCUUGACGGUACCUCGUUCAUGUCUCGGAUUCUCAAGAUUGCGAAAGGAAGCAAUGGGCAACAACAACAGGAGGCUGCGUCAUGGGCUAGAGCAGGAAGGUACGCAAGAGCCUCACCAUACCGAAGAGGUAUCCCUGGUGGUGCAUUUAGAGGUCGUCCUAUUGUUAGAGCUGGAGGAGCCAGAAGUAUGCAAUGGAAACGCGAUUCAGCUGAGACUGGAAACAACAUGGUAGCCGCUCCAAGCACUCGUAGCAUGACGUACGUCCGAACAGAAUCCCAAUCACACGGACAUUCAACAGUUUGAUUGACAAAACAGAAGCAAGAAUCUGGCUUAUCGGAUUUUCUCAUUUCGUAUUACUUUUUAUUAAUGACAUGGUUCUUUUUGUAUGGAUGAUAUUAAAAAAAAGACGAGAAAAAAUGUAUUUGAAGUA